AUGUGGGGAAGAUUUUCAGCUGGGGCCAUUUCCAAACCCCACGGCACUGGUAUGUGACAACCAGAUCUUAGCAGUAGCGUGGACAAAAUGAGGCUGCUGUGGAAAUCCUUGGAGAAGAUUAGGUGUCUGAGGAAACGAUCCACUAUUCCCUUCCUCGGCUUCCUCAUCACCUUCCUCCUCUUCCUAAACCUCUACAUCGAAGAUGGCUAUGUGCUGGAAGGGGAUAAAAGGCAGCUCAGGGAAACAUCAGUCCAUCCUCCGAGCUCGGAGCGAUACGUUCACACCUUCAGAGAUCUUAGUAAUUUCUCUGGAACCAGUAACAUCACAUACCGCUAUCUUGCUGGAACACCUCUGAAUCGCAAAAAGUUUCUCACCAUUGGGCUGUCAUCAGUCAAGAGGAAAAGAGGGAACUACCUCCUGGAGACAAUCAAGUCCAUCUUUGAUCAGUCCAGUUAUGAAGAACUGAAGGAGAUUGUGGUUGUGGUUCAUCUGGCAGACUUUGACCUGGUCUGGUGUGAGAACCUGGUGCAGGAAAUCACCAGGAAGUUUGCUCACCACAUCAUAGCCGGACGCCUCCUGGUCAUUCAGGCCCCAGAGGAGUACUACCCUUCUCUGGACGGGCUGAAAAGGAACUACAAUGACCCAGAAGACCGGGUCCGGUUCCGCUCCAAGCAGAAUGUGGACUACGCCUUCCUCCUCAACUUCUGCACCAACCUGUCACACUUCUACAUGAUGCUGGAGGACGACGUGCUGUGCUCCAGGAACUUCCUGACAGCGCUGAAAAAGGUGAUCACCUCCAGAGAAGGUUCCUACUGGGUGAUGCUGGAGUUCUCCAAACUGGGCUACAUCGGGAAGCUAUACCACUCCAAAGACCUGCCCCGGUUGGCUCAUUUCCUCCUCAUGUUCUACCAGGAAAUGCCUUGUGACUGGCUCCUCAUCCACUUCAGGGGUCUGCUGGCUCAGAAGGACGUGAUUCGCUUCAAACCCUCACUGUUCCAGCACAUGGGCUACUACUCCUCCUAUAAAGGGGUGGAGAACAAACUGAAGGACGACGAUUUUGAGGAAGACUCCAUUGACAUUCCCGACAACCCCCCUGCCAACAUUUAUACAAACAUCAACGUCUUUGAAAACUACGAUGCCUCCAAGGCUUACAGCACAGUAGAUGAAUACUUCUGGGGCAAACCUCCCUCCACUGGGGAUUUCUUUGUCGUGGUAUUUAACAAAUCAACCAAAAUUUGCAAAAUCAAGAUUACAACUGGGUCUGAUGACCGGCAGAAUGACGUUCUCCACCAUGGGGCUCUGGAAGUAGGCGAGAAACUAGUUGGGACUAAAAAGGGGAAACAGUGUUCCUCGUACAUCACGCUAGGAGAGUUUAAAAAUGGCAACAUUGAGGUCCAAGAUGUGGACCACAAAAUAGCCUUUGACAUCGAGUGUGUACGCAUUGUGGUGACAGCCAGUCAGAAAGAAUGGCUCAUUAUCAGAAGUAUAAGUUUAUGGACUACACAGCUCGCCAGCCAAUGA